UUGUUAUUCAGCAUUGCCGCUGGUAAACUAAUUGAUGUGGAAAAUUACAUCCUGCUUCCGAAACAAAGAAAAGAAAUAUUUGUUUCCGCCUUCCAGAAGAAUGUCACAGCAGAGAGAGAAGAGCGGAUUUUGGAUGCACGCGAUCCUAACUUCCUCGAGGCUUUCUAUGCAAGAUCCCGUCUUCAUUUGAUCUCGACCCUCGCGCAAGACCUGAAGGAUUAUGUCGGCACGCUUCGCUCCACGGAACGGCCAUCUUUUCCAGGGCGUGAAUCCCUUGAGUAUUUAGCUACUGAAAAUUUUGUGCCAUUCUCUAGGACAAUUUUCCACGUUGAUCUUGAUUGCUUCUUUGUAUCAGUAGCCCUUCGUAAACAUCCUGACCUGAAAGACAAGCCUGUUGCCAUCACGCAUAGUAAGGGAAUCGGCGGGGGUUAUUCCGAAUUAGCUUGUGUCAGCUAUCCUGCUCGUCAAUGUGGUCUUCGGAAUGGAAUGGUUGUUGGCGAUGCUUUAAAGCGCUGUCCUCAGCUUGUGUGUCUUCCUUACGCUUUUGAUGAAUAUCGGGUUGUUUCAAAGGCAAUCUAUAACAUAGUCUCAAGGUUGGUUAUACGGGUGCCUCUAUACUAUAUAAAAAUAGGACAAUUCGUCCACUUUGAAUCGGCUGAUCAUUAUGAAGCCUCACGUGUACCUCCAUGCUUCAUAGAGAUUGCCCGUUUAUAUUGGGGCAAAAGUCAAUGUCAGCAAAAGGCUUAA